AUGUCAGCAUUGAUACCUUUAUCUCCAUACGUUCCCCCACGAGCACGCGUCCUCUCGCCAUCUGAUCGAUAUCCCGGUGGUGCCCGGGGAAAUGUCCAUCACGGACCUCUCCUACGAAAUUCUUUCGAUAAUGGCUAUAAUGCUCUUGGAGGCGGCGCUAUGAUACCCGUCCCUGUGUUCGGUACCCGGGCCGGACACGGAGCACUUGCUCGUGGAGGUGGCGUUGGAAGAAAUUACAACGAUAUGAACAUGAAUAUGAACAUGGUCAUGCCGAUGAGAAGAGGAAGUGUGGAUAUUUCCUACCAUGGAAUUCCACACGUACACGGUCAUCCACUAAUGGAUCCGCGCAUGCGACACGCACCGCAGGUACAGGUUGUAGAUCCGUCGGCUAUGUUUAGGGAUCCGUGGAGAGAUGGGGUGGUAGGGGGGUGUACGCAGGAACCUUAUACAUGUCCUUGUCACGAAUGCGAAGUUCUGCGUUUGCCCCUUGCGCCGUUGGCUGUGGGAUGUCAUCAUGAUAAUCGUGGACAUUCACAUGCCAUGGAUUUGCAUAAUCAUUGUUGCUCCGGGGGCGGAGGACAGAAGGAAUCUGUAUCGUCUUCUUCCGGUGGUGGGAGUAAAGAAAAAUCUAGUUCGGGAGGCGGAGGUGGUGGCGGAGGCAGUGGAGGGAGUAACAAGAAAGAAUAUGGAUUUCCAACCAAAGACAUUGUUAUUCGCGGCAAAACAUAUUCGUGUCGCAAAUCCUUUCUGGUGGAUCAAGGAAAAUUCGAAGAUUCGCUUGUGAAAAUGAUGGAAAAGAAAAAGGAAGAUGAAAUCCCAAAUACCGUUCUCGAUUCCCUCUUCUCCUGCAUCAACGAAGAAAAAAUUCUCUCUUCCGCUUCGGCCCACGAUCUCGUUACACUUAAUGUUCUUUCUUCGUCUCUGGGUAUCAAGAGCGUGAUGGAGAAAUCGCUCACGCAGUUGAAGAAACAGUGUUCGGAUAAUAUUGUGAGUGGGAGUACCCUGACGGGCAUCGUGGUGACGAUUAUGAUGAGCUCGAAAGUGGAUGAGGGGUUGAGGGAGUGGUUGAAGAAAUACAUCAAGGGGUGGGGGUUGUGGGAGGAGUUGCAGGGGUUUGCGAUGUAUAUUCGGUGUGUGGAGGAUCAUCCGGAGAUUCAUACGGGGUUGUUGGAGUUGUUGGGGUUGAGGAAGAAGGCGGAUGGGGAGGGGUAUAGGAUUAUUUAG